AUGGCCUGCUUGCAGAAUGGAGUAUCAGAUGUUAUCUUCACUAGGAUAAUGGCCUAUGACUCACCCAAGCAGGCAUGGGAGAAGCUGAAGGAGGAGUUCAUGGGGUCAGACAAAACAAGGCAGCAACAAGUAAUUAAUCUCAGGAGAGAUUUUGAGAAUUUAAAAAUGAAAGAGUCAGAGACUAUCAAGCAGUACUCAGACAAAAUAAUGGCCACUGUCAACAGCAUUAGGCUCCUUGGAGAAGACUUCAGUGAGAGCAGAGUUGUUGAAAAGGUCAUGACCACUCUCCCUGAGAAGUUUGAGUCAAAUAUUUCAUCACUUGAGGACUCGAGAGACUUGUCAGCUAUCUCAUUUUCUGAACUAAUAAACUCUCUGUAUGCACUUGAGCAAAGGAGGGCCAAUAGGCAGGAAGAGCAUCUUGAAAAAGCUUUCCAGGCAAAGGCCAAAGUAGGCUCAGGUUCAAAUUUGAAAGGGAAGAAGCCUUGGCUCGAUAAAAGGGAGAAACCAAUGAGAGAUGCAAGCAAGAAAGUGUUCCCACCAUGCAUUCACUGCAAGAAGACCACACAUUUGGAGAGGUACUGUUGGUACAGGCCAGACAUUCAGUGCAGAAGCUGCAAACAGUUUGGCCAUGUUGAGAAAGUAUGCAGAAGCAAGGGAAAGGAACCUGUUCAGUAG